AUGACCCGGCUCUCGGACCACCAGUCCAUCCCGGAACUUGGAGCAAUCCCCAAGCCGCCAGUGGCACGGGAAAAGAAGAUGGGAAAAAUCAAGGAGUUUAGAGGAGACAAGCGAGAAUAUGCAUCGUUCCUCCGAAAUGUGGAACGAUACUUACAGGCAAACACGGGAGUCUAUAAUGAUGACUUCAGCAAAAUUGCCUUCGUCCUCUCCCAAAUCGACUCCUCAUCCAUGGCAGGAAAGUGGGCCGAGUCAUGGGAAGCCAACCAAAUGGCAAAACACAGCAAUCUUGGGACGUACCAGGAUUUCAAGACGACACUUACCGAAAAGUAUGGAGGUGUCGCAACCAAGGACCAAGCAUGGCAAGUACUUCUCGAAGGAAAGUACAAGCAGGACAAGCAAACCGUCGACGAGUAUAUCGGAAAUCUCGAUAUCCUCUACCGAUAUGCCGAAAUCGACGACGAAUACGCCAAGCUCAUCCACUUCAAGCGAGGCCUUAAUGAGAAACUUGCAGAAAAAGUCUUCAUCACGGAAAAUCCGCCAACGACCUAUGCAACAGCAUGCAAGGCCGCAAGAAAGGUCACGGACCUUCAGGACAUUCAUAGCGGAAAGACAAAUAUCUUCAAGUUCAUCUCAGGCUCUUCAGGAAGCGGAAGAAGGACGGAGAAAGACCCUGACGCAAUGGACGUUGACCGGAUCUCCCCAGAAACCCAUCAGAAACGUUCUGUGGGUGGACUCUGCUAUAACUGCGGAAAGGCAGGACAUGUCGCCGCAGACUGCACGAGCCCAGAAUAUGAUCCGGCACCAAAUCGCUCAGGAAAGACAACUUCAUAUGCCAAGACAAAGACGUCCAAUCCCAGGACGAAGAAAUACUCCGGAUCUGGCAGACGAAGAAAGACUUCCAAGCCGACUAAAUCUUACUCCAAGGGAACGGAGAAGAAAUGCCGACGAGUAAAGAGAGUCGAGGAAAGCGACUCUGAGGAUAACUCGGAGGAGUCGGAACAGGAAGAAUCAGAAUCCUCAUCAUCGGAAGAAUCAGAAUCCUCAUCAUCGGAAUCUGAAGAAGUAUCCGAACAAGAGACGGUUGUUCACAGGGCGAACUAA